CAUCUCCCACAAGUCCACCUUAACACGCCUUUCGCGCUCUUUCGGCCGCCCUUGUUGCCGUGGCAACCAUGCACGCGCAGUCUCACACACAUCGUCGUGGCAUCCCUCCCAGUCUGUGCGCGUUUCUAGUCAGUGGCCGUAUUUUUCUAUCGCCGUGGCAACCAUCUUGUCAGUGUGCCCGCGUGUGUGAAGUGCUUCGCGGCCAACCUCCUCUCGGCACACCGCACGACUGUUAUUUAACAACAGCGGUACCUCGGCUUAACCUCUGUUUGUUGUACAACUUUAAAUUUUAUAAUUUAAUAUUAACUAUGUAUUUUUUAACGCGUAUUAAUUCAUUCUCCGCCUUGGCCUCUCCGUGAGCUAGAAUCCAACCGUUUUAAUGCUCCUGAAAUUUUGAUAUUCAUCCAUUGUUUUUCAGCGGGUAGUCACGGUCGACAGUCUCGCGCAGCCCGUGUGUGAAAUUCAGGCUUGUAAACGAAAUCAGUUGGCAGUGAAUGAAUUCUAAUCAAACAAAAUAAUAAAAUGCAUGCGAAAUUACAAAUAGCUUGAUUGGUUACUUUUUGCGUGAUGACUAACUGGCGUGAUUUGUGCUUGGUGGAGAUGAAAGCGGUUUGGAGUGACAUUGAACGAUGCGAUUAUUGUACAUUGCGAUGCUUGUAGAUUCUUUUUGGGUUAUAUUUAUAAAAAGCAGGAUGUCUUCGUACACUAUAUCAGAUGGGAUUAGGUGGGUCAAGGUCAAUUAAUGUCAUCUGACAUGGCGCCGGUCGUCAUGGCGACGUCAUCUCUCAAAAGGCUGACGUGUCAUGUCACUGCAGCUCGAUGCUGGGGGGUUCCGCAUGGCUCCGUGCUCCAUCCUCAUUAUUUUAUUCCUGCGUAGUUUUACUUUCAUUUGAUUGGACAGCGGUUAACUCAUUUUUACACUGAUAUAAUUUUUGCUCAUUCAUAUUUUUAUUUUUACUUUUCAAAUCAAAGUUGAGACAAAAUGGAUCCUUUUUGUAUUAUUUCACUAACAAACUGCAAAGCAAAACCUAUUUAAAUUUUGAAAACUGGAAUACAUUCUUUCAAAUAGAAAAUUGUUUCAUUUUUCAAAAAAUUGUUUCAUUUGAAAACAAAAAUUUGUACUUUCUACUCUUUGUCAAAAUUUUAAUUUUAAUUUAGGUGAUGACAAUAAAUUGAAUGUUUUAUUGUUUUUAUCGAAGUUUUGGUUUUAACGAUAACUAUUUUGGUAUUAACUACACGAGAAGUCGAAUUACAGUACAGGUACAUCUCAAUAAUUUCGAAGAAUUGGAAAAGUGAGACUCAGAUUAUACAGUCGCACUACACACACUCAGGUUGAAAUGGUUCAUCAUUUUUUUUUUUAAGUAUAAUUUUGAUUAUUUAUUGUUCACAGCAAAUCUAAACCCAAAAUUCACGCUCUCUAGAAACUAGGAUAUUUUUUUUAACAAACAAAUUUCAUGUAGAAAUUAGGCAGGAAUUACCCCUUCUGAAAGGUAUUUUCCCAGCUGUUUAAUAUAUCUAUCUAAAUGCAUAAGUAGUGAAAUAGACUUUUCUAUCAUCAAAUUUAUUGAUGUCAAGUGGUUAAAAAAAAAAAUAAUAAUAAUAAGUAGCAGUACCGCUCGUGGCCUUUGCGUGUCGCCGUUGUUUCCCACGUCGUGAAAGGGGAGGAUUGGAGCAAGAAGGCGGACGGCGCCCGUGCGUGUCGUUGCGUGGACUUUGUCGUCAUGUUGGCGUGUGUGGUGCACCUCCCACCGCCCCCACCCCCCACCUCCUUCCCACGCCUUUGCACCGGACCCGCGGCGUGAUUUGGACGCUGGGAGCCGAGCGCCGAUGCGACUAAAACGGCGUCACCGCCAUCUUCGUUCAGAGUGCUGGUUGCCGUCUGGCUCAAGUUUCCCAGUUUGCGCGACCAGUGGAACUGGAGCCCGAUGGAAUCUUGACACGCACGCGCUUGUUGACGGAUGUGAUGACACAGAAAGAUUUUUGAUCUUAAUGUGAUUGAUCGACACUGAAGAGCGCACGAUUACAGAGGAGCCAGCGUGUGUAUAAAUACUGAGUCUUCCUGAAACUAUGACUUGGUGCUCCUGAAGGAUUCUUGUGUUAAAACAUCUUGUCAUCUUCUUCCAUGGGUUCUCGCAGCCAAGGCUUCUUCCCCCACAACCACCACCAUCAUCAUCAUCGUAGCUCCUCCAUGGCGCCCCUGCCAUCAUCAUCGGUGCCCCGGCUGCUUCCCGAGGGCGGCAUGGCCCAGAUCACGCCGGGCCUGUUCCUUAGCCGCGGCAAUGUAGCAUCCAACCGCGGCCUGCUCUUGGCCAAGGGCAUCACGUGCGUGGUCAACGCCACGCUGGAGCUGCCCAACUUCAACUGGCCGCACGUUGAGUACGUGAAGGUGCCGUUGGCCGACGCGCCGCACUCGCCCAUCUCGCUCUACUUCGACGGCGUGGCCGACAAGAUCCACACCGUGGGCCGCAAGCGCGGCGCCGUCCUGGUGCACUGUGCGGCGGGCGUCAGCCGCUCCGCCUCGCUGUGCCUGGCCUACCUCAUGAAGUACCACCGCGUGUCGCUGGCCGACGCCCACGCCUGGGUCAAGGCCCGCCGCCCCGUCAUCCGGCCCAACGGCGGAUUCUGGCGCCAGCUCAUCGAGUAUGAACGCAAGCUCUUCGGAAGGAACUCGGUCAAGAUGGUGCAGACACCCUACGGGGUCAUCCCAGACAUCUAUCAGAGGGACCGCCGCAGUCUGGCACCCUACUGGGGACUGUGAAAACCCCGAAACCUCCCUCUCGUGGGACUGUGGUGGGAGGGAGGGGACCAGGACACGGGUGCGGUCUAUUUCCUGGUGUGGGCUGUGCUUGUCAUGACCAAGCUCACAACUCAUUCACUCGUACAGUGGUGCCUUGACUUGCAAGUUUAUUUCACUGCGUGACCCCGUUUGUUACUCAAGUCAUGUUUCCCCUCUAAAAUGAAUGGGAUAUGCCGUGAAUCCCCUCCAGCCCUCCAUAAAACACCACCAAAUAUUCAUCUAGCGAGUUGUUUCGUAAAACUUGUAAGUUGUGGUAACACUGUAGCCUAUCAUAUCAACUUUCACCAUUGAAAUGAAUUAAAAUGUCGUUAAACCACCAAAACCCACCCUCGUAUUUUUGAAAAAGGAAUAAUAUCACUAUUGUAAAACACACAUUACAGAAUGUAUGGUACUAUUUUUGAUAGCAGUGUACAAUGGUCAAUUUACAGUUAAAAGUAUUAAUAUAUGCAAGUGGGUGUCAAUUGUUCAUUGCAGGGCUCUAUUCUCAGCCCCCUGCCAACAUUGGGGGUUCACUGUACACAAAUGACAAUAAUACUACAAAGACUUAUAUUCAAGUGUAUUUUUCCACCAAGCAUGACAGUGUCACACUUUAUUUACAUUUA